AUGUCAACAGACGAUCCUGGAACCUCCAUCUUGAAGUCUCUCAACGAUGCCCAGCGCCGUGCCGUCACCUCCAAUGCGGCCACAGUGGCCAUAUUGGCCGGCCCGGGCAGUGGCAAAACGCACACUCUCACAUCUCGUGUCGUGUGGCUCAUUCGGCAAGGAGGCUACCAGCCGUCUGAUAUUAUUGUCGCGACCUUCACAGUCAAAGCAGCCCGGGAGAUGAAGGCGCGCAUCGGCAAAGCAUUGGGUGAGGAAGCGGAGAAGAAAAUUGUCCUCGGCACUUUUCACUCCAUCGCAAGGCGGUAUCUUGCCAAGUACGGGACACGUGUUGGGCUUGACCCCAAGUUUGGCAUCGCCGACGACGGCGACUCCAAGGCCAUCAUCCAGAGGAUAUGCAAGCGGCUGGAUCUCAAAGUCGAACCGUUUCAUGCAAAGGCUUGGAUAAGCAAGCGAAAGGCCAAGGGCUCAACACCAGCGCCAACGCGAAAACAUCCGGAUCCGCCCGACCUGCUCACUUGCUUCAAAGAGUACCAGGAUCAUCUAGAGAGGUCCAACCUGAUAGACUACGACGACCUGCUCGUGCGUUGCGUGGACCUCCUGAGGCAGCACAGGUCUUGCGUGUCCAAUGUUCAAGCGGUGCUCAUCGACGAAUAUCAGGACACUAAUGGCAUCCAGUACGACCUCAUGAAACUCUUUGCUCAGGAACGCCAGCGAAUCACUGUUGUUGGCGACCCAGAUCAGAGCAUUUACGGGUGGCGAUCAGCAGAGAUCCGGAACCUGUACCGCCUCUUGCGGGACUAUCCUGAAACUGAUGAAGUGUCUCUGGAGGAAAACUACAGAUCGUCGCAGUCGAUUCUUGACAUUUCACUCCAUGUCAUCCAGCAAGACAAGAAGCGUUACCAGAAGGUACUGCUUCCAGUCCACAACAAAGGCGCGAAACCGGUUUUGCGAAAGCUCAAGAGCUCCUCCGCAGAGGGCGAGUGGAUCGUGGCAGAAUUGCGACGAGUCGUCAUGCUCUCCGGAGGCAUGCUCAAGUACCAGGAUGUUGCGAUAUUGCUCCGGUCAGCAUCCCUUUCACGACACGUUGAGUCUGCGUUAGGGAAGGCAGGCGUGUCCUAUCGCAUGAUCGGCGGGCACAAGUUUUAUGAUCGCAAGGAGAUCAAGAUCUUACUAGACUACCUCCGCGUGGUCUAUCAGCCCGACAACAACGACGCCGUGGCCAGGGUCAUCAACGUUCCACGACGGGGCAUUGGCGAGGCGACAAUCAAGUCGUUCCUGGAAGAAGCUGAGCAGGCGAAGAUGAGUGUGUGGUCACUGCUGUGGAAGCACUGCCACGGGCAAAGAAAAGCUACAACCAACAUUCGGCCCAAGAUGGAACAGAAGCUAAACACAGAACUGCUGAAGAUUGUGUCGAGUCUGAGGCACAAGGCUGGUCAAAUGACGGAAAGCAGUCAGUUUACGUUGGUCGAUCUCCUCGAUGACCUUGUCCGUCAGCUUAGCUUCAAGCGCUACCUCGAGGAGGAAUAUGAAGAAGACCACGAAGGGCGAUGGGCCAAUGUACUGGAGCUCAUCAAUCUUGCAGCCGAUUUCACCCGAGACUUUGGCAAAGCGGAUGAGGAUGCGCUUCCGGAUAUCGAGGACGUCGAGCAAUCGAAGGAGGACGACGUCCUCGGCCGUUUCCUGGCCAAUGUCGCGUUGGCAUCAGAUGCACAAAAAGACGAAAAGGACCAGGACACGUCCGCCAUGGUGACGAUAUCAACGAUACACGCAGCGAAAGGCCUCGAGUGGCCUGUGGUGUUCGUACCUUCUGUUUAUACCGGAUCAAUUCCUCACUCUCGAGCUGAAGACUCUGACGAGGAGCGGCGACUCCUGUAUGUCGCCAUGACGCGCGCUCAGGCACUCUUGUAUCUGAGCUGUCCGUUGUAUGGCUCACAGGGUCUGAGCAACAAAGUUGAGCUUUCGCCCUUUGUGUCCCCGUUUGCUGCAAGGUUUGCGCAGAAGGGGCCAUCGUUCGACAAACCGGUGGUCGACGCAGCGGCGGCCAUCUUGGGCAGAACGGCGCCGACGCAGCAGAUCAUAUUCGACAAAUUGCCGCCCAUGUUCUCACCGGAGGAUGACAUGUUUCCCAUCGAACCUUAUGACCCGAAGAACGCGGACGGCCUCGAAGAUGACCAGAAAAGCCACCAUGCCCGAGCUCCGAAGAGGCAACGGACAAGUUACUCGAAAGGGGGAAGCGACGACGAGGCGGAAGGGGAACAACGGCCGUGGAAACCUGACUACUCUACCACGAUGGAGAGGUCGUCCGAAUUCACAAUGUCCUCGCUGCCUGGAUUCGUUAGCGCCGGGGCACACCAGUCGGCUCUAUCCGCGGCUGUUGCUGCUGCUGCCGGCGCCCAAGAUGCGCGCGCGUCGAAGAAGCAGCCAAAGACGGGCACUACGCGGCGGAAGCCAGACCAACGGAGCAUGCUUGGAUUCAUAACAACGGAGCCCAGGACGUCGGGUGACCCGCUUGCGAAGAAGAACCCGAACGACCUGUCCCUGAUGCGCUAUCAGGCAACCGCCUCACGACACGCAAUGAAGCCAGCGCCUCCUGCGGUGCCUUUCAGUGCGCCGAAGCCUGCAAUUGACCCGGCUCUUGCUGGGCAUAAGCUGCCGAGUGCCGGGACGCUCGCGCAGCCUCGGCCGGGAGGAAGGGCGGAUGCAGAGCAACGAAAGCAAUAUGCCUGCUUCUCAAGCUCGCCGCCCCGCGCAUCAACACCCGAGGAGGAAAAAGUGAAGGCGGUCCCCGAACCGGAGCCCGCCAGGCCUGCCGCGAGCUUCCAUACGACAACGUUCAUGUCCGUGAAGCCCCGCGCCGGGGUGAGGCGGCCGGUGGGCAUGGGCCCGGCCCCAUCCAUGGACCGGCUGCGGAAGCCGUUCAAGCCGCUGACGAUUAAUCGUCCAAAGGGCCCGAGCGGCCGCCUCUCCUCGCCCGUCGUGGCCGCCACUGCGCGCCGCGCCGCCGCCGCCGCCGCCAACUUCUCCACCUCUGCGCGGGCGCUGAGGCCAGAGGCCGUCUCCGGCGCCGCGGCGCCAUCGUCGAGCUCCUGGGCGAGGAGGAACCUCUCGCCCAAGACGCGCCGCUACGUGGUCUACGGGCUCGGGGCCGGGGCCGCCAUCGACAGCUACGUCAUCUACAACUACUUCCCCGGGAUUCUGGGCCUGGGCGAGGACAAGAAGAACUGA